AUGAAGCAAACGAGCUGGCCCGACGUGCCACCAAUUAAUCAGAAGAAUUACUACACGGACUACAUGAAGCGCGAUGACCAGAUCUUGUCGCUGAGGCUUCAAGCAGAGGCGAACCGAGACCGACUGGUACAAAACGCCAAAGACCGCGAUCGCGCACUCAACAACACCAAUGGCGACGUUACGCUUCCCGUCGACGACCUCCAGGGCGAGGAUGGUGGUCCUUCGUCGUCUUAUAUGGACCCGUCAAAGAUUAUCGUGAUACACCCGGGAAGUCAAAACUUGCGACUCGGCUUUGCGAGCGAUGCCCUCCCCAAGACCAUUCCCAUGGUACUUGCGACCAAGUACCCGCAAACCGAGUCUGAGAUGUACGAGGCGCUACCGCGACGCAAGUUUGAGGAGCGGGGCAUGGAUCAACAGCACGGCGAGGAAUGGUCAAAGAAGUACCAGAAGGCGUGCAACGACCUGAAGGUGGACAUGCGCCAAAACAAGCGGAAGGUGCUGCCUAAUUCCAAGGACCUUGUUGUCAACUUUAACAGAAGAACAGAACCAGAGAUCAUCUCGCAGCACAAUGACCCACUCCAAGUCGAAUGGACCGAUGUCAGCACGCUGGAGGAUGGUGGUUCAGAAUCUGCAGUAUUCAUUGGCCACCAAGCCCAGCGCGUGCCAGACGAUUCAAAUCCCAAGUUCAAGCUGUGGAGGCCGAUUCAGAAUGGCUGGUUGAACGAGAACGAGUACCCUACUCAGGCGCAUCUUUUCAACGACCUUGAGACAUUACUAGACCGAGCCUUUCGGUGGGAACUGGGACUGAAGAAGAGCACAGAGUGGAAGCAGUACAGCUGUGUCAUCAUUAUCCCAGAUCUUUACGACAAGAAGUAUGUCGAACAACUUCUACAUCUUUGCAUCGAAUGGUUCGAGUUUAGCAGGGUUGCGUUCAUUCAGGAGAGCAUGGCCGCGACCUUCGGUGCCGGUUACACUCAGGCCUGUGUGGUGGACUGCGGUGCGCAAAAGACCUCCAUCGCUUGCGUGGAAGACGGUCUCUGUAUCGAAGACUCGCGCAUCAACCUCAAGUUUGGCGGCUGGGAUGUCACAGAGACUUUCAUCAAGAUGAUGCUCUAUGAUAAUUUCCCAUAUCAAGAGAUCAACCUCCGUAGGAGAUAUGAUUUCCUGCUGGCCGAGGAACUCAAGAUCAAGUAUUGCACUUUGUCGCAAGCCAACAUCUCGGUCCAAAACUACGACUUCCACCUACGCGCUCCGAACCAGCCGACGCGGAAGUACAUGUUCAAGUGCUACGAUGAGGUUAUUCUCGCCCCUAUGGGUUUCUACGAUCCAUCGAUAUUCGACAACAGCCACAAACUGGACAAGAGGCGACAUCUGAUCGACCGGUCCUACAACGCUUAUGAUGUUGACAUGCCUGACGACCCUACCUCUGCCGCCCAGCUCGCCAUCCUGGCACAUAUCCAACCCUCCGUCACCCAAACCACUAUCCCGGCAUCUUCCUUCACCGGCGCCCCUGGCGAGAUGGGUAUGGCAACCCCAAGUAAGGAAAGGUCCAACCCGUUCAACUUCCUCGGCCACAACCACAAUGCCAGCGCGACCCCAGGCACAUCCAAAGCCCCCUCCCCAGCCCCGGACGCUGGUGUCUCAACCCCCGUCCCCGCCCCUUACAUGUUCGGCGCAUCCUCCCGUGAUCUCAACGGCUCCCCCGCCCCCUCCGCCCGCAACGGCGGCACCCCCGCACCAAACGGCUCCUUCCUCUUACCAACAACCUCCUUCGACAACAACCCAACCUCAAACCAACCCCUCCAGCGAACAGCCAAAGAUCUCGCCACAGAGCGGGACUCUGUCCUCCCCGUCGCCCCCCUCGACAUCGCAAUCAUGACAUCAAUCCAAAACGCGGCCAAGGGGGACGAGAAAAAGGUGAGAGAGUUGCUAGGGAGCAUCAUGGUUGUCGGCGGGGGUGCCAAGAUUCCGCAUUUUGCCCCGUUCUUGGAGGAGAGGUUGAGGGCGAGGAGGCCGGAUCUGCAGGACAAGAUUUUGGUGAGCAGGAGCGCGAGGGAGAUGGACGAGCAGGUUGUUGUUUGGAAGGGGGCGAGCGUGUUUGCCAAGCUGGCGACGAAUGAUAGUUGGAUUACGGGGGGAGAGUAUAAGGUGCUGGGGAGUAGGUGUGUUUAUCAUAAGGUGCUUUGGCAGUAUUAG